AUGGCCGAUUUCAACGAUGUACCCGGCAUGAACGCACGCAUCGACAUGGCCGUCGACAUGCUCAACGAGAAGCGAUACGCCGAGGCUGAAGCUGCGACUCGCGCCGUGCUCGAGCACAGAUUAUCGAGAUGGCAACACAUCUACGCCACCAUUCUUCUCGCAGACUCUAUGAACGACUGGUAUGAGGCUGAGGAACAGCGCUACAAGGCCGAGAAUAUGUGGCGCAACACACGUUCUCUGUGGCCUCCAAACAGGGAUGCAGAGGUCGACAGAGAGUUGAAAGAAUUGCGCGAGCAUCUGGACGAUUUGAAAGAAGAUCAGAAAGCCGACCUACCAGAAUAUGACGAUGACUUCCACGAGUUCAUGGUGGAGAUGUACCAGAAAUAUUCGCGUGUUAUCAAGGUCGAGGGAGAAUGGGAAAAGAUGCUUCAGAAGCGUUCGCAAGAAGCUCAAGAACGUGAGCUAGCUGAAAUUGAAGAAUACGAGGCACAAGAGAGAGCCGAGGAGAAAGAGAUGAAAGCAAGAGAGCAGGACAAGCUGCAAGACGAGGCUAUCGAGGAUAUCAGAUACUUGUUCGGCAGGACUCUUACAAAAUGA